CAGAACUGCUGCAGCGCGUGCAGCGGAAGAUGAGCUAGCUAGACAGCGACGACUUCACAGUGAUCGAGAAAGACAUACUGCAACAAGAGUGCGACAGCAACCGAAUAUUCCACCAGCUCUGAACUAUGAUGCAGCACAACCUCCACUUCCGUGUUGUAUUGGCUCGAUGACAAACGUGUGUGUCAACUGCGGCGCUAUGAAGUGGAAAGGAGAAGCACCUGGUAUGCUGUCCUGGCCCUUGCGGUCGCAUGGACAAGCACUCACCCUGCAUGCGAGAUGGAGCAUGCACGAAACGUUACCCGAAAGAGUUUAAAAGUGAUACUCAGAGCGGCCAUGAUGGUUAUCCAUUAUAUCGACGACGUAAACCCGAUGAUUGUGGCCAUCAAGGAAUAAAGAAGAUCAAAGGUAACGAUGUCUGUAUAGACAAUCGAUGGGUAGUACCUUACUCUCCCUACCUCUGCCGAAUGUUUGCCUGUCAUAUCAACGUAGAGCUUUGUACAAGUGUCAAGUCUAUCAAGUAUGUCCUAAAGUAUGUCAACAAGGGCAGGGACAUGGCAGUUUUUUCGCUAGAAAAAAACCAACCUAUCGAUGAAAUAGAUCUGUACCAGACAGCAAGAUACGUCAGUUGCAGUGAAGCUUGCUGGAGAAUACUGAACUUUACCAUUCACGAUCGUCAUCCAGCAGUGACAACCCUUCAUGUCCACCUACUAAAUGGGCAGAGGGUUGUUUACAAUGAUCAAAAUGCUGUUGCUCUUGCUCAACGUCCACCUAAAACCACGUUGACAGCUUUUUUUGAUCUCUGCGCUCGGUAUCGUCCAGAUCUUGACCAGCUUGCUACGCCCGACCAGAGGUUUGUUCAAAAUUUGCUUUAUGUAAAUGUGCCCGAGUACUUUACAUUUCAUUCAGGCACCAAAACCUGGAACCCUCGAAGGCUUGGCACAGCUGUUUACAGUGAUGGUCAAAUAACUUCAUUUAAAAAAAGUGAGGUCAUUGGUCGAGUGUACGCCGUGCAUCCUAAGCAACAGGAAUGCUUCUUUUUACGCCUUCUGCUUCACCAUAAGCGGGGACCUUGCUCUUUUGAUGACUUGCUUACGAUUGAUGCACGGAAGUGCCAGACUUUUCGCGAAGCAUGUAACUGCAUGGGUUUGUUGGAAGAAGACUUGCAUUGGGCCAUGGCCAUGCAAGAGGCAGCCAUGCGAGCCGGAGCAUCUACACUACGUGCUCUGUUUGCUGUUAUAUUGACCACGUGUGAUGUUGCUGACCCUCUUGCCAUAUGGUCUGCAUAUCGAAAUGAUAUGACUGAUGACAUACUGCAUCAGUGUAGGAGGGAAGCUCGACAGCCUGACAUGGACUAUAGUGAUGAUAUGUACAACGAGUGUCUCUUUCGACUACAGGAAUUAGUACAGCAGAUGAGUGGACAGAAACUUGAAGAGUACGGACUGCCGCCUGUAAACAGGGGACAUGAAGACAGACUGACAGUUGACCUACUUAGAGAAAAAUCUUAUGACAGAGAAGCACUGCAACAAUUUGUAGACGAAAAUGAAACGAAUUUGACGAUUGACCAACGCAACAUUGACCUUCGCAUUACAGAUAUGGUGGACCAUGGGCAAGGAGGGAUUAUUUUUAUUGAUGCCCCAGGUGGCACAGGUAAAACCUACCUGAUUAACCUUUCCCUGGCACGCCUCAGAUCAAGAGGAUUUGUCGCCCUUGCUGUCGCCAGCAGUGGCAUUGCGGCACAGCUACUAUCAAAUGGGAAGACAGCACAUUCAACAUUCAAGAUACCGCUUAAUCUCAUGACCACAGACCUUCCUAUGUGCAACCUCAAGCGAGGUUCAUCAAAGGCUACACUCCUACAGGAAUGUACCGUUAUAUUUUGGGACGAGGCAACCAUGGCUAACAAACUAGCUUUUGAGGCUUUAGAUCGCACAUUACAAGACCUAAGGCAGUCCUCAAGACCAUUUGGCGGUAUCUUAGUUGUCCUGUCUGGGGACUUUCGUCAGACAUUACCAGUCAUUCGAGGAGGUACACGUGCCAAUGAAAUUGAUGCCUGCAUCAAGUCAUCACAUUUAUGGCAACACGUAGAAACACAUUCUUUGACAACUAACAUGAGAGCUUAUCUCUACGGUGACGCCAACGCUGCUGAGUUUGCAAGUCUCUUGCUGCGAGUUGGGAACGGUCAUAUACCGGUAGUUGAAGGACGUCAUACCAUCUUCAUUCCAGAAGAUCUUGGCACAGUUACCGACUCUCCUCAGACCUUGAUAGAGCGAGUGUACCCAAACUUGCAACAUCACUACCAAGACUUCGAAUGGCUAAUGCAACGAGCUAUUCUCGCACCACACAAUGUCUUCAUUCGUGAUAUUAACUGGGAGAUGCUUCAGCUGUUUCCUGGAGAGAUAAAGAUCUAUAAAUCAAUUGAUACGGUCAGAGAUGAUGAUGCAGUACACUAUCCCUCGGAGUUUCUUAACUCCCUGGAACCUGCUGGUAUGCCUCCUCAUAAACUGGCUCUAAAGGUGGGAAUUCCUCUAAUGGUUGUUCGAAAUCUGGCUCCUGGGAUUGCAAACGGCACACGUCUUAUACUAAAGAGAAUGAUGAACAACUGUCUGGAAGCAACUAUUGCUACUGGACCGCAUAAAGCCCAGGACGUGUAUCUGCCAAAGAUACCACUAAUUCCCAGUGAUACUGGACUACCAUUUGAAUUCAAACGACUUCAGUUUCCAGUUAAGGUCUGCUUUGCUAUGACUAUUAACAAGGCACAAGGGCAGACCUUAGCUGUGGCAGGGCUAGAUCUACACGAGCCAUCCUUUAGCCAUGGACAGCUUUAUGUUGGCAUUUCUAGAGUUGCCUCCAAACAUGGACUAACUUUCUUGGCAAAAGAAGGAAAAACCAAAAACGUAGUGUACCAGGAAGUGCUGUCGACAAGAUGA